AUGUCUGUCCAAGAUAGAGCCCAGGCCCAGCUGUCACAGCUCGACAAGGAGUUGUCCAAAUACCCCGCCCUCAACAACUUUGAGAAGCAGACCUCCGUCCCCAAGGCCUACAUGGUGCUUGGUCUUGCCGGAUUGUACUUCUUUCUCAUCUUCUUCAACAUUGCCGGGGAGUUUCUUGUCAACGUUGCCGGGUUCAUCAUCCCGGGCUACUACUCUCUAGACGCCCUCUUCUCCGCAAGCAAGGUCGAUGACACUCAGUGGCUGACAGCAGCUAACGCGGCUAUUCAGUACUGGGUGACCUUUGCUUUCCUGACCGUUUUUGAGAGCGCUGUCAGUGCCAGCUACUGGUUCCCCUUCUACUACACCUUCAAGUUUGUCCUUGUUCUCUGGAUGGCUCUGCCCCAGACUGCUGGUGCCCAGCUAGUCUUCCGUUCUUUCAUCCAGCCCGUUUUCUCCCGCUACUUCUCGCAGAGUGGCUCCACUGCCGCCGACCUCCGCGCCAAGGUCGAUUCCGCCGGCAAGGCUCAUGCCUCGUAA